AUGGCAGCUUUCUUUUUUAAGCUUGAACGUGAACUUGAGAUUGUGAAUACUUUUUAUUUACAAAAAGAAAAUGAAUUCAAAGUUAGGCUAAGAACCUUGAAUGAUAAAAAAAGAAUUCUAUUAAAUAAAGAAAAACGAUCAUUUGUCAGUUCAUCUUCAAUAUUUAUAUUAACCGAAGCCUAUCAACAAUUUCGUCAAGAUUUGAAUAAAUUACAUCAAUUCAUAGAGAUAAAUGCUACAGGAUUUAGGAAAAUUUUAAAAAAAUGGGAUAAAAGAUCUAAAUCUAGCACAAAAGAACUCUAUCUUGAACGUCAAGUAGAGACUGCUAAAUUUACAUCAAUUACACAAAGUGGAAAUGCAUUUAUUGGUAGCGGUGACUUUUUUUCAAGAGAAUCCGACGAUGUGAUGAAUGAUGAUAUUGAAACAGAACUAUUCAAAGCUAUAACCAUUGGAUCAAUCUCAACCGUUAAAGAGUUAUUGGAAAGAAUUAAACAACCUUCCAAUAUCGAAGAAAAUCGCGAGAUUUUAUCUCGUGUGUUUUGGCGAUCUUGCUCUGAAAAAUGCUCAAAUGUGGAAGCUGUACAAUAUUUGGUUGAUACUGGACUAGUCAACUUCACAUACAUAGAUGAUAUUAAUGAUCGUAGCUGCCUGCAUGAAUCAUCGAUAGUUGGCAGAUUAUCUCUUAUGAGAUUGUGCGUGGUUCACGGGGUUAACAUUAACUCUAUUGAUUUUUUUGGUAGAAAACCAUUACAUUAUGUCUGCAUGUAUGGACAUCAUGAGGCUGCUACCUAUCUUUUGUCAAAAGGAGCUGAUUUAGAAAGCCUUGAUCACGAUGGAUUCAGUCCGUUGAUUUAUGCUAUAACUAAUGGGCACAGUGAAUGCGUAGAAAUAUUACUGGUCAAGGGUGCCAAGAUCGAUUCUGACAUUGAAACUGAUUAUAGUCAUAUUCCUUUAUCAUUGGCAUGUCAACGUGGUCACAAGGAUAUUACAAUGUUGUUGUUAAACAAAGGCGCAAAAAUUGUUUCCGAUGUUGACGGUUUGACUCCUUUACAUUUGGCAUCCCGUGAAGGUCAUCAUGAACUAUUAAGCAUCUUGACUAAACAUAAAGCUCUUUUAGACAUCCUUGAUAACUAUAAUAGUUGGUCGCCUAUAUUUUAUGCUGCUAGUGAAGGUCAUAUAGAAUGUGUUGAUGUUCUGAUUAAAGCUGGAUGUGAAGUUAAUAUAUUUGACGAGUUUCAUCGUUCACCUAUCUAUUAUGCUGCUUGGGAAGGCCACAUUGAAUGUAUCAAUAAAUUGCAUUUGGCUGGUGCUCAUGUAGAAUCAAUAGAAUUUAAAGAUAUUGUUGGCAUGAAAGACAGCGAUGAUAAGAAUAAGGAUAAGGAUAGCAUGGAUUUGUUAGAUGAUGGAAUACCUUCGUUAUCAUUGCCACCACCAAUAAUUCCUUUAAGGAUUUAUGGACAUAACUAUCUAGAUAAAACAUUUCACAUUCAAGUUACAUUAGGUCACACCUCAUUGAAGAAUAAAAGACCGCCAGUUCAUCUAUACGGCAACAGUCAAUUAUCCUCUCUGAAACUAAUCAUUUCAUCUAAACCAGAUUUAGGUAGACUUCCACAUAGUGUGAUAUUACCAUUGGGUGACGAACGCGAAAUGUUUUUGUUUCAAGUCGACUCUUUGGAAAAUUUUUCGUUAGAUUUUGAUAUAUUUCCCACCUUUGGUUCCAAAGUUAUUGGUAAAGGUGUUGCAUUGCCUGACAUGUUUGAUUUUACGGGCUAUGGUUAUGAAAGACACAAUCAUCUGGUGAAUGGUGGGACCGGUGGUAAAUGUAUUUGUCCUUUGUUUGACACGCAUUUGAAGGUGGUCGGCGAGUUGUCGUUUGAAUUUGCUGUCGUCAAACCAUUCAGUGGUGUACAACUUGAAAUCGGCGGGCAUGUAGAAACAUAUUGGAAGUCGACAAAUACUAUAAAUGUUUCUAUACCAUCAGAUCAACCUUCGAACAGCGCCUUUAAUAAUAGGAUCAGCAUUAGGAUAGUGGUUCAGGUGACCAGAGAUAUGGUUGCUGUUGUAUAUUCAGAUUGGGUAUUACCAAUUACAAAAUUUGAUUUAAGCGUAUUUAAUGUUACCUUUCAACAAUUUGAAGGAUUGAAGGAAAAAAAUAUUGAGGAUGAUUUUUAUUCGGCAAAAAGUACAUCCGAACUACAAAGAUUAGUUCACCAAUCUUUUCUUUCUUUAGAAAAAUUGCCAUCAUCAAUUGGUGUAAAUUUGGAAAUAAGAUAUCCAACAAUCUACGAAAUGACACGUUAUUGGUUUUCAGAUCUACCCGAUAUAAAUAGUUAUGUCGACACUAUUUUACAAACAGUUUACGAUUAUGCAAAAAAAAACAUAAGCAAAGAUUCGAUAAAUCACAGAUCAGUGAUAUUUUCUUCAUUAAAUCCUGCAAUCUGCACUGCUUUAAAUUGGAAACAACCAAAUUAUGCGGUAUUUUUCAAAUCUUAUUGUGGAUAUGAAAGCGAAUCAUUGGAUCGUCAGAAAAAUAAUAAUGCUGAGGAAGAAAACAAAAUUAUUCCAAUUCGUCAAAUUCAUGAAUUAAAUAUUGAGCAGGAUAAACGUUGCACAUCGAUUAAAGAGGCAGUAAAAUUUGCUAAAAGUAAUAAUUUAUUAGGUGUCAUUUUUGAAGCUACAUUAUUGCUUCGUGUACCUUCAUUAAUAACGAAUAUUAAACAAUCUGGGUUAAUUUUAACAACCUUUGGAUCUUCAAAUAAUGAACCUCGUAAUAUAAAAAUACAAGAAAGAUAUGGUGUUGAUACAAUGGUGAUUGAUGGAGUUGUAAAACAUAGUAAUCAAUAA